UUUAAAACAUGUAAAUAAUAUUUUGUUCUGUUGCAGUUUACAAGUGCAGAUAUUGAUAAGGAACGCCAAUUGCCACAAUAAUUGCUUAAAAGAUAAUUUUACAAAAUGAGAUUACAAGAAGUAUGCCUGAUGUUCACUUUAAUGAGUGUUAUAAGCUUCGUGAACAGCCAUUCUCUACACGGUUACAUAAAGAACGAGAAGCUGAGGACGGCUUAUAGAAUAGUGUACCGCUCACAGCCGUGGCCGGUGGCGCGGGACAUGUGCGCGGAGGAAGGCGGGAAACUCGCCGUGCCCAAGUCUGAGGAAGAGUUUCUAUUCCUGCAAAAGUUAGUGCGCGGUAUGCACUACCCUGCGGUGGUCGACGCAGCGGACAAGCUGGUGGUGUGGCUUGGCAUCUCCAAAUUGCACGACCACAAGAUAUGGACCAGUGUUGAUGGUGAUGACAUCAGGGACAUAGGUUUCGACCGGUGGGCUGGGGACAACGGACUCACUACUAGCAAUGAUGUUGAGGAGCCGCAAUGCGCUGCGCUGGACGCGGUGAACCCGGGUCUGCGCGACUGGUGGUGCCAUCUGCCGCAACCCUUCAUCUGCCAAAUGCAACUCGACAGUGAAGACUGAACAUCACAUUCCUGUUUUAGUUUUAUGUUCUCGGAAUUGAGUUGGCACGUGAAAAACUAUUUUUUUUUUCUGUCGUACGUGCCAACUCAAGCACAGGAUAGCUGCAUUACUACAUUUCAAGUAUUAUUUCUGCCUUAUUGUUAUUAUAUUAUAUUUAAAAACAAUAUGUAAAACAUUUAUUUAAAUUUUCUAUGUUAACA